UGGAAACCUAACCAUGAAAAAUAGACGAGUGAAUUCCGUUUGGUGAUGUUCAGUUUAUUUAUAUUGCACGAAUUUGAAUUGCUCGCCGUGUGUAUUAGCUAAUUGCUGCAGCGCAAUUGUGCGUCUGGUGGUUGUUGUUUAGAUAAUCGUGGAAGAUCGUCCGAAUACAUUCCAUAUGCCAAGAGCAGAAGAGAAGAACGAUUCCAAUCGAAUUAACACAAACGAUUACAAUGACAUGCUGAGUGCGAUGAUUACACCAACGUAAACAAGGAUAAUGGAAAGUUUAAGUGGAUCAGAUUGAAAAUAAAAUGAGCAUGUAGUGGCGAACGGCCGAAUCGGUUUAUUCGCAUUAUUUUCUUUCCUGAAAUCUUACAGCAAAAAAUAAAACCACACAUAACAUAUCAUUCCCCCAUUUUCCUUCACCUCCUCCGUUCUGUUUGUUUCUGCUAGUCGAAUUUGCCACAAGUAUUAUCUGUGCUGUGUACUAAAGAAUCAGAUCACCUGCGAAUGAUAAUGCGAUGGGUGUUUGUUGUUGCAAAGAGAAACAGGAUGCCGGAGAUUUGUACUUCCCCAGUCAACUGAGAAACCAACAUGUUGUUGAGGGCAUCCCAGAUGUGCCAGAAUAUUACAUGGAAAGUGCGGAAAAAGGCUGCCCCGAUUCCGACACUGUUGAUAACCUAGUGCUAGAGACUUUGGGUGUAAUUGGGACACUGGUGGAUAAUGAGCAAGAUCCGCCUCCUUCGAUGUUACGUUUACACAGUAUAGCGGACAACGAGGAAGGAUGGAUUCAGGUGGUGAAGUCCAUGGUGCAAGUGAUCCCGAUGGACGAUCCUCUGGGUCCAUCGGUGAUAACCCUCCUCCUGGAUGAUUGCCCUCUUCCGUCCAGGGAGUCCGUGCAAAAAGUAGCGAAGAUGUUCAAUCUCUCGAAAGAGCGUGCGAUCGCUGGUCGAUUGGCACCUCAAAGAGAAAGGAACAUCUGCGUAGUUCUUGGAUGCAUCGCCGAAAAACUGGCCGGUCCCAGCAGCUUGGGAAUCUUGAACGACGAGACCCUGGAUUACCUCCUCGCCAAUCUUGACACCGAGCGCGAUCCGCACGUGAUAUUAUUCUCGCUGAUUGCUCUUGAGAAAUUCGCGCAGACCAGCGAGAACAAGGCAACGAUAAUUCGCAGACUGGAGACGGAAGAUCCUUGUCCCAUUUGCAAAUUGGAGGAAUGGCGCCAAGAGACGCAUUUCGUUCGCAGACAAGUGGGUUUCUGCGCUCAGUGGGCUCUUGACAAUCUCUUUGUUAUGAAUAAUCGGAAGUUUACGUAUCUGACCAUAAACAUGGGCCACAUCAACGCCAUGCUCAACACGGGAGACGUGAGCGAGUACCUGAAGAUCUCUUCCGAUGGAUUGGAGGCUCGAUGCGACGCAUAUUCUUUCGAGAGUGUGCGUUGCACGGCGCAGGCUGAUUCUGGUAUUUGGUAUUACGAAGUCACGAUCAUAACGCCCGGAGUUAUGCAAAUCGGCUGGGCAACAAAGAACAGCAAUUUCCUCAAUCACGAAGGUUACGGCAUCGGGGACGACAAGUUUUCGCUGUCCUACGACGGCUGUCGACGAUUGAUCUGGUACAACGCCAAAUCCGAGCCGCAAACCUUGCCACGCUGGAAUCCCGGCGACACGUUGGGAUGCCUCCUGGACUUGGAGAACCAGCAAGUGGUGUUUUCUAUAAACGGAAUGAGUUUACCACCAUGUACACAUGUGUUCUAUAUGGCAAAAUCUGGUUUCUUCGCAGCGGCCAGUUUUAUGUCGUUCCAACAGUGCCGCUUCAACUUCGGCGCUGAUCCUUUCAAAUUCCCGCCGGAGCUCGAUUUCUCGACAUUCAACGAGCACGGCAUCCUGGAGCCCGAUAACAAGCGCGUGAUGCCUAGGCAUAUCUUUUUACUAGAACUCAGGCAGCAGAGUGUCAGGGAGGACAGCUGCACCAUUUGCUAUGAUCAAAAGGCUUCCGUGCGGCUUAUGCCAUGCGAGCAUUCGGGGUUCUGCAAAACCUGCGCAUCUCAACUGACCGACUGCCCCAUGUGUCGCGCGUCUUUCUGGCAAGUCGUCGAAGACAAUCCAAGCAAUUGAAAUUGAUUCAAGUGAGUAGUUUAUAGGUGUCCACUAAAAUUUUAUCGAGGAAAUUUAAUCGAGCUUUAAAAUAUUUCCAUUAAAUGGAGGUUAAAAUGUAUCCUUCCUUCGUAAGAGAGAGAGAAAAUAUUGAUAAUUGUUAAGAGUUUUAUGCAUUUGCAUUCUCACCGUUCUCCAUUAAUUUAACUGUCGAUGUAGCCAAAGUGUCACGCUUUGAGAUUCAGAUUUUUUUAUUAUUGUUUUUUUUUUUUUUCUAAAAAAAAUCGUAUUUUUUUUAUGGAUUCGACGCUUGGUUGCUUCCUGAACAAAAUUACUAUGUACUAGUCGUAUGAAGGAGGUAAUUCAAUUAUUUAUUUUUUAAUCACUGAUUGGGGGUUUAGUUUUUUAAGACUGCUGGAUUGGGUAGCGUUUCUACUUCGAUUUUAUUUCUACUUUCUUUCUAUGUCCGUUUACUCUUUAAUUUAUUAAUUCCGAUCAUAUAUAUAUUAUAUAUAACUGUACUUACUUGUGUAUAGAGUCCAUUUUGGCGGAGGAUCAGUAACAUGUAAAUGGUUGUACAUUUUAUACAUAUUAUAUAAGCAUAUACAUUAUUA